AUGACGACGUUUGAAUGCAAAGGAGUGCUAGUGGACUUUCCCUACGAACCUUACGAAGUUCAGAAACGAUACAUCGAAAAGGUUCUGGAAUGUUUGCAAAAUGGGCACAAUGGUGUGCUGGAGUCACCCACCGGGACGGGAAAAACGCUGUCAUUGUUAUGUUCGUCGUUAGCCUGGCUGUUGGCCAAAAAAGCAGCGAUUCAAGCCAACCGAAUGUGUCCGACGGAAAAUAAUUUAACUAUUUCAAUCAAUACAGCAGCUGGUGUUGACAAGAAUCCAAACAGUGCUUGGAAUGGAGUGAUUCGACCACCGCGUAUCAUUUACGGCUCACGAACUCACACUCAGCUGAAUCAAGUGAUGAAAGAACUUCGUCGGACUAAUUACAAACACAUGAAAGUUGGUAUAAUUGGUUCAAGAGAUCAGUUGUGUAUUCAUCCAGAAGUUACGAAAGAAGCAACUUCUUCAGUUAAAAUUGCAUUAUGCCGUGCUAAAGUCAGCACUCGAACAUGCCAAUUUUACAACAAUGUUGAACUUAAAUCAAAAGAAGCAUUUGUAGAAAACGGGAUAGCAGACAUAGAAGAUUUAGUAAAUAAAGGGAGAAAAUUUAACUGUUGUCCAUAUUAUGGAUCUAGAGAACUACAAAAAGAUGUGGACAUACUAUUCACUCCAUAUAAUUACAUUAUUGAUCCAAGGACAAGAAAAGCCCAAGACAUCCAAUUUAGUGAUGAUGUUAUCAUUCUUGACGAAGGACAUAAUGUCGAAAAGAUGUGUGAAGAAUCCUGUUCUGUAGAUAUAAGUAGCACUGACAUAGCUCUUUGCAUUGAUGCUGUGACUGAUAUUAUGAAAAAAUUGUAUGUUGAAAAAAAUACAGAAUUUUCUACUGAACCAAUACAGUUAAAGCCAAGAGAAUUCUCCGAUGAUGAUAUAUGUGUGUUAAAAGCAUUAUUUUUAGAAAUAGAAAAAGUAAUUGAUGGUAUUGAGCUUACGAAUAGUACAAAUGAUAAGAAAAUGGAAGGAUCUUAUAUAUUUAAACUGCUCCAAGGCGCGGAUAUAACACCUUCAAAUAUGUCUAAAUUUAUUAGUUUUUUAAGUUCUGUUACAUUAUAUAUGUCAUCAUCCAAUAGUGAUGCUCCUCAUCAAGCUAAAGAAGCAUGUUUGUACAAAUUUCAGCAAUUUUUAGAAUGUGUUUUGCAAAGUUUAGGAACUAACGGGGAUCCUAAGAAUACAGACAAAUAUUUUAGAACAUACAUACAGUUAGAGCAGAGUAAAUAUAAACCAAAAAAUGAUUCAAUUAAAUUUAAAGCACACAAAAAAGGAAAAACUUUAAAUUUUUGGUGCUUCAGUCCUGGAUUUGGGAUGAGAGACUUAUUGGAUCGAAAUGUUCGUUGUAUAAUACUUACAAGUGGUACAUUGUCUCCUUUAGCUGCAACCAUUUCUGAAAUAGGAAUUCCAGUUAAAGUACAAUUACAAAAUGCUCAUGUCAUCAAAAAUAGUCAGGUCUGUGUAUCAGUCAUAAAAUCUGGACCGAGUAACAAACCACUUAUAUGCAACUAUAGUAGCCGGAAUAAUUCUGAUUUUCUUACAAGCUUGGGUCAAACUCUAGUAAAUUUUUCUCGUAUUAUACCUGGAGGUACUUUGGUUUUUUUCCCUUCAUAUCCAUUUUUAGACCAGUGCGUUAAUCAUUGGCAGGGUUGCAAUAUUUGGUCAUCAAUCACUAAGAAUAAAUCUAUAUUUGUUGAACCUAAAAAUAAGGACGUGUUGAACAGCGUAAUUGAAGAAUAUUAUAAAGCCAUUCAAGAAAACAAGGGUGCUAUAUUGUUAGCCGUUUAUAGAGGAAAAGUGUCUGAAGGUCUUGACUUUUCUGAUUGGAAAGCUAGAGCUGUGAUUAUAUUAGGACUACCAUAUCCUCCUUACCAAGAUCCACGGGUUGUGAUGAAAAGAGAAUAUUUGGAUGAAAUGAGAAAAGAAAAUUCACAGUGUUUAUCUGGUCAAGAAUGGUACAAAUUGGAAGCUAUUAAGGCUGUGAAUCAAGCAAUGGGGCGAGUAAUAAGACAUAUUGGCGAUUGGGGUUCUAUUAUAUUUUGUGAUGAACGUUAUGCAGGUUUUAAUAUUAAAUCACAGCUCUCUGCUUGGUUACAACCUCAUAUAAAAAUAUAUGAUCAGUUUUCAAUAGCUUACAGAGAAAACAUGAAAUUUUUCAAAAAUAGUGGGGCAAUAAUGCCUUCUACUGUCUUAUUUUCAAAUGCUUCAUUUGACGAGCCAGCUCAAGCUACUGUAUUGAGGUCAAUUGAAUCAGUUAAAAGAAAAGUAUUGGAAGAUGGCACAAUAAAACUGUAUGAAGGUUACUGUAGUAAAAAUGAAAACAAAAUAGAAAAAACAAAUACACUGAUGAUUGCUAGUAGCUCUAAUAGCAUUUUAGAGUCUGUUGAUAUCUUUGAAGAGCAUACAAUAAUCAACACCAUAUCAGAAAGUCAGCCCUUAAAAAUUGAUGUAAUAUCUGAUUUAAAACCUUUGGCUAAAAAGCGUAAAUUAAAGAUAAUUCCUAAUAAAAUUGAGUAUCCCAAAACAAUAGUGGACUCAAAAAGUAAAAUCCUUAAUUUUAUGAAUAAUGUACGGACUGUACUAAAUGAAGAAAAUACAUACACAAAUUUUGUCAGAAUUGUUAGAAAAUACAUUACGGAAAAAAAUGUUAUUGAAUUAAUUGAAACUCUAGACAAAUUAUUUCCAAAAAAAACUCAAGAGAUUAUAAGUGUAUUACUAGAUUUAAAAAAGUUUUUGAAUAAUGAACCAAAUAAUCAAUUAUUAUCAGAUUAUUUUGAUCGAUUAUCGCCUGACGUGUAA